AUAAAGCGCCGCUUCUGCCUCCGCCACAUCAGCCGCGCUGCCCGGAAGGAAGGAGCAGCCAUGGCCCCUUCAGCCCCAGACGCCCGGCCCCUCGUUGGCUGCCUGCUGUUGCUUCUGCUUCGCGUGUCCCUCUCCAUCCAAGCUCCAGCAGCCGCAAAGGAGACGCAAAUCACCUCUGACCUCCGGCUCAAGGCCGCCAUCGGGCAGAAGGUCCAGGUCCCCUGCGUGGGCACAACCGCCUACCCAGAGAGCGGCAUCAUGUACUGGCUGGCAAACGGCACUUUUGUGGACCAGCUGUACCCGAACGGGACGGUGAAGGAGGAAGCCACCGAAGAGAAAGGCAGCCAGCUGACCCGGAAGCUGACCUUCUCCUCGUUGACGGCGCAGGACCUCUGCACCACCUUCGACUGCUUCAUCACUGACCCCUCCGGCGUAUUUCGGGCGACCAUCCAGUGGAGCCAUUCAAGUACGAAAGGAGCGGAGGUGAAGCUGCCCAAGAUUAGUGCGAGGACCCCCAGGCCUUCCGUGAACCCAACCAAGGAAUUCGGGAGUUAAAGUCAACAAGUCUUAAAAGUCACCAAAUUUGGAGUCUCCGGGCUUAGAAAUAUUGGGGAAUAAUUCUCAUCUAAAAAAAAGAUGAGCGAAAAUUGAUAUUCUGAAGAUUUUAAACGGAGGAUCCUCACGCACAACGCACAACUCCUUGGCACAAAGGCCCCCCGCCCCAGCCCAUUCCCCCAAACUCUGAUUUGUGCAUUUGUGCCAGUGCAUUUUGCAGCAACCACGGAAGAAAUCAGCAGGCUGAGACCCCGUUGCCCCCCCCCCCCCCCGCUGUCUCUUCAUCCUGGGUUUCUGUAGAGUUUGGGGAUUUUUUAAAAAUUUGCAUAGUUUUUGAUGAUUUUUCUACUUGACUUUUUGCAAUCUGUAAGUUGGCCAGUCGCUUCAUGGCGCAGCAUAAGAAUUUAAUAGAGAAAUAAAACAGCCAGGACAAA